CUGUCUCUGUGCUGCUGUGUGGUUGAGCUGUUUGCAGAUGGAGGUGCCGGUGCUACCCCUCAGCCUGCCCCACUUCAGGGACCCGGACUCCUCGCGCCUCGCCAGCUAUCAGCGGCUCGGACACUCGCUCCGCGGCAACAUUUUCCCAGGCGCUCCCUCCACAUGGAGCUCUCUCAGCAGAGACUGCUACACCCGUCACCCCCUCCCCACCCGCCCGGAACCUCACCUGUGGUUCGGCUACCGGACCAACGAAAUAGUGCAGUGGGCCGAGAGAAACUUUUGGGAUCAGAAACUCAAAAAGAAGCUGGCAAAGAUGGAGGGCGAAUCCCAGCGCUAACAGAGCACCAGAUAUGAGCGACAGGGCCCCGGAGUCUUCCUCCUGGCUCCAACAGAAGCCUAUGCUUCCUCACUCACGUCUCUAACACCUGACAGACGUCAACACCUAGCAGCUGCUGAUGCUUUCGGGAUGUGAGCUGACAGCAGAAAACUGGCGGCUUUCAAAAUAAACCACUGAAAGUUUCCUCUUGUGUGAACCAGCAGUCGUAGUACGUGGGCCGGUGUGACGCCGAGUGGCGCAGGCUCGGGUUGUCCCAGAUUCGCACACUGACCUGACCCGGUGAUCGCAUAACCCCUGACCCCUGCAGCCCUGCGCCAGGUCACAACCAAAACACGAGCCUCACGUCCUGACCAGUCCUGCACUGUGCAGGAAGGGGUGAUGAUGUCAAGAGUGUGAGAGAAGAGGAAACUUCAUAAAUCAAACAGAAACGUGACGGAAAGACUGACGUGAGUCAAACAUGGCUGCAGGCGAGGUGCGACGGAGUCAGUCACAUGUCGGUGCUGGAUCCGUGAUGAAACCACACGUCUCAAGAGGAGGCCCCGCAGGCGGCCGCCAGUUCCUGCUGUUACCGGGGUGUCAGCAGGUGAAGCGGGGGGAGGAAGAGUGUGGUGAGCGAGCAGAAAAGGUCACCAUCCAGCAGAGCCUGUGGCAGGAAGUCACGACACAGACCAGUGAGAAGUGUGGCCGCGCUGCAACACUCGCCAUCACCCCGCCGCAAAAACAAGUGUCGAGCAAGGUGGAGGUGUGAAAACAGGUCGGUCUGCACAUGUUUGUCCACCCCAUGAGGGUGGGGUCGCGGUGGCAGCAGCUGAAGCGGAGAGCCUCCAGGGUCUGACCUCUCUGGCAGCAGAGCUCAUGUGGGAUCUUGGACUUGAGAGCACCACUGACCUUACUUUCACUUCUGAAUCCAGCAUGAGCACAGACAAGCCAAACGACAGCGUCUGAACCAUGCUGAAGUGGGUUUGCUCUGGCACUCUGGUUUCCUCCCAGGGUCCAACAUCGCCAGAGGAAAACACAUUUAUGUCAAUACAUUCAUGACGUGUGUCUCCUGAUCUAGAGACUGACUCUCGGUGAGUGUCGUGUGAGUGGUGGUCUGUGAUGGAGCACCUCCUGUCCAGGGUGUCCCUCUGACGGGAAGAUCUGACACGAGGGAAAGAUGUUGGUGAUUUGAACACAAACAGGGCAGUUGGUGUGCUAAAGGCUGCGUCGGGGGUCCAGGAGGUGGGGCCCUGUUCUCCCCCAGCUGGGGCCUGUCACUCUUUUACUAUCACUUCCUGUGAGCCUCAGACAGAAGCUGUUGUGGUUUGGGUGGAAAAUGUCACUGGGCACUUUGAAGAGAGGCGGCGGAGGAGGGAAGAGGCAGACGUACCACGAGCGCACAGCGAGGACAGGCGAGGAUGCGAGCGCUGCAGCGGAGCUGAUCCACCACGGCACACAGUGACGUCCUGGACUCGCGCACCAAGAUGAAGAGGCCCGCUUCAGUCCUGGUGGUCCUGCUUUCGCUGCCAUUGGCCCUGGCAACCCAACAAGGACUUUCCUGUGUGAACGACCUUGUCAGCAAUGUCAACUGCACUUGGAAGAACAGGGACAGGGACGGGGGUCAGGACUGCUGGGUCUCUGCUGAGACCAAAGUCCGGAGCACAGAAGGCGCGCACACCGCCAGCUGCAAACUCAGCAGCCCCCCUGGGCCUCACUGCAGCAUGAGCUUCCAGCCUUACGAUUUCCACCCACUGGAAGUCUUGCCUAAAAUCAACGUGACGUGUGGCGGCGCCCUGGUGGAUACCGUCUCCCACUACACAAUCAAGAAAAACAUUCAAAUGAAUCCCCCGGGGGAGCCCAGCAUCAGCAGGAUGGGGAACGGAACCUGGGUCAUCUGGAAUCCAGGCUAUCCUCUCUCCCAGUUCAUCACCGAGUUUGAGUUCCAGGUGGAGCUCCGUCAGAGCCAUGAGUCAGAGGAGGUCCGCCACGAUUUGCGAGCAAGCAACCCAAAGUUGUGGCUGGAACCUUCGCAGCUGAAAGGCAGGUGUCAGGUCAAGGUCAGGGUCAAGGCCGCCAGCUACCCUCUCAGCAUAUGGAGUGAGUGGAGUCCCACCACACCAUGGGAGUGUUCAGAGCCCGAGGCGUCGGACGCAGGCCGCGGCCUUCCGAAGCAGCCUCCCGACCAAACGCAGACCAUUGUCUGGGCGCUAAUGUCCAGUCUGCUCGGUGUGGUCUUUUUGGCCGUCUUGGUCCUCUGCAGACACCUGAGCAGGUCCUUGAAAAUGAAGCCGGUUCCGAACCCUUCCAAAUAUUUCCAAACACUUCACUCAGUGCACAGUGGGAACCUGAAGAAGUGGCUGAAUCCGCACUCCACCGCGGCCUCCGUCUUCAUGGCGCAGCACCAGGAGAACAUCUCACCAGUGGAGGUGUGUGGACUGUGGCCAGCGGCUCGCCCCACCUCUCCGUCCAUCAGCUCCACCACCGGCCUGCUCAGUGGGAGCGACGUCACCACCGGCUCCGACACAAGUGGGGUGGUGGACUCCUCCUCCUCCUCCUUCUCCAACAUGGGCUACUUCCUGUCCUCCUACGGCUGCAGGAAGACUGCAGCCAACCCACUCAGCUUCAUGAAUGAUUUCCACCAUCUCCAAAGUCAUGGCAGGUUCCCCUCGCAUAUCAGCCUGCCCUUCCUCAACCAUUCCCCUCACGGCUGCCCGAGAAGAGAGGUGCCAGCUCCGGACUCAGGGUUCAGCCUCGGGAAGGAGAGCGAUGGCAGCACCAGGGAGCUGCUGACCGGAGGGUCAGGCUCCACCCACGCUACCCUGCAGGGCUUACUCCACUCUUCCUCCGGUGAAGCUCAGAUGGAGCAGCCAGCUGAGAUCUCAAGUGCAGCGUGGCCCGGCGGCGGCACCACCUGCAGAGCCUCUUCCAUGCCUGUGGAGUCCAGCAACCCGGGCUACUUCACGCUCAAAGACAUCCAGCAACAACUCACCUUCAGGAACAACUCCCUGUGAGCCGCCGCUUCAGGAGGCGCUUGUCGCUGCUAACUUCACUAGACAACUUCACUAGACUGCUCCCGCGGCGCUGACAGGAGGCGGGUCUCCAGCUCGAGAUAUUUUCUUUUUUUACAGCUAAUGUGAGCAGAUGUUGAAAAAUGGCCCUUCAACGGCUGAGUGGCGGCACGCAGGGGGCGAGCAUCCGAGAGCCGCUCACAGAAUGCUAGCUUCUUAGCUUCACAUUCAGCGAGUCUUGAGGGGCUGAAGGAGGAGUGAGCCUGCUCAAGCAAGGGCUCACCUUCAUGAGUCCAGACAUACUUCCGCUUCUCUUUUUCUGCUUCAGGGACGGCUAAUGUUUGUAACCUAACGUAGCUCAGCAGGAGUUCCAGAGCAAAAGCAACAAACUCCAGGAUCCUGGUUUUACUCGUGUUCCCUGUUAAACCAUAUAUAUAUAUAUAUAUAUAUAUAUAUAUAUACAGUCUGACCGGCCCUCUUAGCAUGAGGCCAAACACACACACACACACACACACACACACACACACACGGAGCGGGUCAGUCCAGGUCAGUUCAUGUAUGGAUGGUGUUGAGAUUAUGUGGGAUCCACUGCAGAGGAACUGAGCGUGUUCGGGAUCUUUUUUUCAUUAAAA